GGCCAUGUCUGGUCCGCAGGACGUGGGCAUACGACAGAGGGCAAGAGGCGGUCCAGGAGCACGCUCUCCUCAGCCCCUCAGUCCGAAUAGCGAACCUGACGACGAUCGCGCUGCUGCGUAUCGCACCAGGGAUAGAGAUAAUUUCUCGAUUGAGAAAUUGCUGGAGACGCAGGAGGCGAGCGUGGCUCUUGUAGGAGUCCUGACGCUCCUCGCUUUCGCGCUGCGUUUCUACAAGAUCAACCACCCGGACCAGGUCGUAUUCGACGAGGUACACUUCGGAAAGUUUGCAGCUCACUACAUCUCACGAGAAUACUACUUCGACGUCCACCCACCGCUCACAAAGCUCCUUCUCGGUCUCGCGGGCUGGUUCGUUGGCUUCGACGGCAGGUUCAAAUUCGAGAACAUCGGGGACAGCUACACCGAGAACCAUGUCCCAUACGUCGGCAUGCGUGCCCUGCCUGCUCUCUUCGGCAGCCUGACGAUCCCGGUUGUGUAUGGUAUCAUGAAAGAAAGCGGUUACUCGAACAUCAUUGCGGCCUUCUCUGCCUCUUUAAUUCUGUUCGACAAUGCUCAUGUCGCUCAAUCCCGGCUCAUUCUCCUUGAUGCUCCGCUCAUCUUCUUCAUGUCUAUGACCAUUUACUCGUACAUCCGUUUUCGCAAGCUGAGAUACCUGGAGUUCUCGCCCACUUGGUGGAGCUGGCUCCUCACCACCGGCUUCUUCAUGGCUUGCACCUGGUCGUCGAAGGUUAACGGUAUCCUUACUGUUGCAACAAUCGGUAUUGCGGUGCUCAUCGACCUCUGGGAUGUCCUAGACUACAAGAAGGGUCACUCGAUGGAAUACUUCUGGAAGCACUUUACUGCCCGCGCAGUGGGCUUCAUCGCCCUGCCACUCAUCAUGUACCUCUUAGUCUUCUGGAUCCACCUAUCUAUCCUUACCUACUCUGGACCGGGAGAUUCGUUUAUGAGCCCUGCGUUCCAAGAGACUUUGCGGGAUAACGAGCUGUUGAUGAACAGCCAAGAAAUCCGCUACUACGACACUUUAACCAUCAGGCAUAAGGACACCAAGGUCUUCUUGCACUCGCACCCUGAGCAAUACCCGCUCAAGUACGACGACGGUCGUAUCAGCAGCCAAGGUCAACAGGUCACUGGUUAUGCGCACGAUGACAUCAACAAUUACUGGCAGAUCAUUCCAACCAAGGCCCUUCCUGAGACAGGCCGUGGCCGCAUCGUCCGACACGAAGACACUAUCCAGCUACUGCACGUCAGCACGCAGACGCUACUCUUGACGCAUGACGUCGCGUCCCCCACGAUGGCAACGAACGAAGAGUUCACAACUUCACCCAAGGAUGAUCACUCGCGCUAUAACGACACUCUCUUCCAUCUGCGCCUCGUCGACUCAAAUCCCGGAGGUCCAUGGAAGACUAAGUCUGGACACUUCAAGCUCAUCCACGUACCAACCAAGGUCGCGAUGUGGACUUUCCCCGGACAACUGCCUGACUGGGCGUUCAAUCAGCAGGAGGUUAACGGUAACAAGCAGGUCGGCGACAAAACGACGGUCUGGUACCCAGAUGAGAUCAUUACCACUGAGGAUGGCGAAGUCCGCACGAAAGAAGAGCUUGGGCAUAAGGAGCCCAAAAAGAUGAACUUUUUCAAGAAGUUCGGCGAGCUCCAGCUCCUGAUGUUGCAGCACAACGCUGGUCUCAUUGCGUCGCACCCGUACGCGAGCGGACCGGUUAACUGGCCGUUCCUCAUCAGUGGUAUCAGCUUCUGGACACAGAAUGAGGGCCAGAAACAGAUCUAUCUUAUUGGCAACCUCAUCGGAUGGCUGGCGGCAACGUUCGGUGUAGCGAUCUUCAUCGGUAUCCUCGGAGCUGACCUCCUCGCGCGCCGUCGCGGCAUUGAACCAAUCCCUACCCCCGUUCGUCACCGCCUCUGGAACUCAACGGGCUUCUUCCUGCUCAUCUGGGCGGUGCACUACUUCCCGUUCUUCCUGAUGGGCCGGCAGCUCUUCCUGCACCACUACCUCGAGUCGCACCUCGCGUCGGCGCUCGUCUCGGGUGCCGUUCUGCACUUUGUGCUCUCCGAGACGAUCAACUAUCCGAUCUCGAUCCGCGGCCCGUCUACGCGCCCGCAGCCGCCGCAGCAGGCGGACGUCGGCAUGAAGGGCCCGAUUGUCGUCGCCGUGUUCGCGCUGCUCAUGUUCGGCAUGUUCGUGUAUAUCAGCCCACUGACGUACGGCACACCAGGGUUGACGGGCGAGCAAGUGAACGCGCGCCGACUGCUCCACACCUGGACCCUGCACUUUGCGGCGAAAAAGACUGACCAUUUUGGGUGAUGGUAUUUCUUGGCGGAGGAUUGCUGGCAUUCUCAUCUUCUGUACUCUCCUCUCCUCUCCUCGUACUCUUUUGCUGUGCUGUGUGUUUUUUCAGAGCAAGAAUAUAUAAUUAUACG